UUUAAAUUAAACUUCAAAACAAUGUCAACACGUCAAAGACACAGUACUGGGAAUUUAAAUACUGAAGGUUUAGAUUCUAAUAAAGAAACACCCAAGAAAGGCAUUUUAAAAAGAAGACCACACACAUUUCAUCAAACCAAACCAACAUCCAGCGGUCUUUUACCUUUACUUUUAAAACCAAUUGAAAAAAAGAGUAAAGUGUCUAAAAAUAAAGAAGAUCAAAUAAAAGACAAGAAAAAAGAUGGAAAUAUUCCUGAAAUUUGUUUGGAAGAGAAAAUGCCUGAGAAUAUUUUAGAGGCCCAAUUAAUACAAAAAAUACCUCAACGGGUUGAAUUUGCUGAAAUGAAUGCUGUUUUUGGUGGAUCAGUAGAAACUGAAGGAGGUGCAAAUAAAAGUUUUGAUAGUGUUAAUGAAGUUGAGAAAACUUGUACCCCAAAAAUUCAAAAAUUAGAAGAGACAGAAGUGAAGGAAAAAGAAGAGGAAAUUUUGCCUAAACAAAAGAGAAAAAGAGAAGGAAAAAAGCCACCAGAAGCUAUUGUUUCGCCGUUAAUAAGACAAAAGCAAAUAAAAGAAACAACAUUUCCACCUCCUCCUACAACGCCUCAGGAACAGCCUUCUUCAUCUAGUAGGGGAGAGACGGAUAAAGGCAUUGAUCCCAGUGUUGUCUCACAAAUUGUAGGGAAUUGGUGGUUUGGGGAGCGGUCUGAACCUCAGGAAGAGCAACAAGCACAGGCUGGUCAAGAAGAAAGUGAUGCUCUCAAAAAGGAAUUAAGACGUGCCCAACUUGCUUGCAAAGAGAAAGAGCGCCAUUUAGGCCAGUUACGUGAAAGACUUGCUGAAAUUGAAACAAUUGUUUCGUCUGGAAGGAGUGCACAACUUGCAUAUUGUGCCCAAUUAAGCCAACGGUUAUCAGAAAGGGAACAGGAAUUUGUUACUGAAAUGGAUGGACUUAUAGCAAGUCAUGAACAUCGUGUUAGACAAUUAGUUCAAGAAAUUGUUGAUUUAAGGGCUGAAUUGGCUAGGAAAGAUAAAGCCCUAUUGGCUUAUGAACAACUUUCCCAUCAAGAACAAUCAACUCAAACAGAUAAUAUAAUUAUCACAGAAGAUUCUACAUCAAUUAAUGGGUUUGUAGGGCAACAAGAAAAUGAUGGGAAAUUAUUAGAAAAUAAAAUAGAAGUAAGUAGGUCUCCAACAACUGAUUCUAUUAGAUCAGUAACACAACCUCAAAUUAUUCAAGCACCUAAUAAAGCCUCAGUUGUUCAAAUAGGAGCUGAAGUUUUGGCAACUUUAGAAGCUUAUCGUGCAGAAACAGCUGUUUGGAGAACUCGUUGUGCCAAUUUAGAAUUAAUCAUGCAGGAUUUACUUUUGCGAGAGGGGGCGAGAAGGGUAUCUGAAAGUGGGGGAGGAACAGCUAUUGGAAGUGCUCUUUUUAUUAAUGUAGGAGAGGAUAAUGAGCAAUUUGUGGAGGCCGAAGAAAAUCCAGAAAAUAAAAAUAAACAACAAAGUAAUAGCCGUCAUCCAACAUUAGAAAGGCAGCAAACUCUAGUUUUAAGAAAACAAAGUUCUCCUGUUGAAUGUCAAAUUUCUGGGUGUGUAGAACUUCGAAAAAAAUUAAACGAACAAACAGAAGAGAUAAAUAAAAUGUUGGAAGAAAUAACAGAAAUAAAUAAAAACAAAUUGGAGGCGGAAAAUAAAUUUAAAAAUAUUGAAGUAAAUAAUGAAAAAAUGGUUAAAGAAUAUGAAGAAUUGGCUGAAUUAGCUGAAAGGAGAGGGAAUGAUGCCAAGGCUAUUAAAUUAAGUUUACAACAAGUACAGUCAGAAAGAGACCAUUUGGAACAAGCGCUUGCUUAUCUAGAAAGACGAUGUUAUGCUUUGGAACAAUUAGGAUUAGAAAAUGGAAUUGUUUUGGCAAAUGAACCGCCCCUUCCUGAAGGAAUAAAGAAAAGUUUAACUAGACAGGAACUUGAAUUUACAGUGAGAGAAUCUCAGGGAACUCAAACAGCUCUAACUGUUGAUGAUUUGGGGAUUAACGAGAAAACUAUGGAUGAAUUGCAGAUUAGAAUAAGGGUAAUGCAAAGCACAUUUGCUGAGGACCGAGCACAUAUGGGAGAACAAUUAGCGGAUAUCGAAAGAAUUCUUUUACUCAAAACAGAAUUAACAAAUACAUUAGCUAGUCAAUUAGACGAGGCUGCAAAGAGAUCAAAAGUAGAAGAUGAUAGUCAUCAGUUUGAAAGGGAUUUGUUUAGAAGGAGAAUAGAAGAAUUGGGCAGAAUUGCAGAACGAGUACCCAUCCUUGAAUCAGAGAUUGAAAAGGCGCUAAGUGAAAAAAGCAAAUGCGAGCUUCGUUUAAGAGAUGUGGAAGAACGUUUGGAUGAUACAAUGGAAAAAUCAUUGGAAAAUGCAUUGAAGAGGGAAAAGGCUCAAGAAUGUUAUUGGACAGAAAGAAUGGAUGCUGUUGAUCGAGAAAGAAGAGAAAUAUCUGCUCAACUCGAACACGAAAGACGCCGUGCAGCAGAUGAAAGGCUUACGUGGGCAUUGGAAAGGGCCGAUUUAGAAAGGCGCCUUACUUCAGCUAUUGAACAUGCAGAACAGCUUUUUAACAAAUUAAAUUGCCCUAAAAGAGAUGUCCAAAUCGAAGUUCGUCCAAGAACUUCAAACAAAUAUGUUUUCUGUAGACCUAAUCAGAGGGAUCAGCAAGUUGAUAAUGCUGAUUUGAGAGAUGAACAAUUAGAAGAACUUGUGGAUGAGAGAGUGGCUGCUUUUGCUGCUGAACUUGUUGAGAAGGUAUGGGAAGUUGUUGGUUGA